AUGAAUCGUGUUGGUAUAGACGUAGAUCAUAUGAUAGGGGUCCUGCUUCUGGCCGUAGUGGUGGUGUUUUGGGUUGGCGCUUCGUGUUUGACUAAUGAAUUGCUCGAGACAAACGCGUACAAUAAACCUUUCUUCCUUACUUAUCUAAACAUAUCAUCGUUUGCUCUUUAUUUGACGCCAGAUCUAUGGAGGAUAAUCCAAUCAAGAAGGAAGAGCUUGCAGGAACGGACAGAACGAACAUUACCUAUUCACACACAAGAAUCUUUUUCAGAGUUCCUACCUUUACUAUCUUCAACUCCUUCUACUUCUUCAAAUUUGUCUUCGAUAGCGGACACGAAAGUGAAGGAUACAAUGAGGUUGAGUCUGCUAUUUUGCGUCUUGUGGUUCGUGGCAAAUUUGGCGGCUAACGCUGCUUUGUCGUAUACCACAGUGGCUUCGUCAACAAUUCUUUCAUCGACAUCCUCAUUUUUUACCUUAUUUCUUGCCACUAGUCUAGGAAUAGAAACUUUUUCGACAAAAAAACUGCUGGGGUUAUUUGUGUCUUUGUUUGGAAUUAUCUUAAUUGUGAUGCAAUCCUCGAAGCAACAGGAUUCUGUGAGUGCUUCCUCCUUUUUGGUAGGUAACACUUUAGCACUGCUGGGGUCAUUGGGUUACAGUGUCUAUACAACCCUUUUGAAAUACGAAAUAUCAUCCAAAGGUCUCAGACUAGACAUUCAGAUGUUUCUUGGUUAUGUUGGUAUCUUCACGUUUCUGUUGUUUUGGCCAAUUUUAAUAAUCCUGGAUAUAACACAUAUGGAAACUUUUGAACUACCAAGUAACUUCCACAUUUCUUUUCUUGUCAUGUUAAAUUGUAUCAUUAUCUUUGUUAGUGACUAUUUUUGGUGUAAAGCCCUCAUUUUGACAUCACCCUUGGUGGUUACCGUUGCCUUAACUUUUACUAUCCCGUUAGCCAUGUUCGCUGAUUUUGUAUGGCGAGAGGCAUUUUUUACGCCUUGGUAUAUCAUUGGUGUUAUUUUCAUUUUUGUUUCAUUCUUUCUAGUUAACCAUCGGGGAGAAUCUGCUGUUGAAAAGGACUGUGCUGCGGUUGAAAAAGGACCUAUCUUGGAUGCCUAA